AUGAAAGCCCAGGCUUCGGCAGCUGGAAAACGGGUGCCCGCAAGCCUCCAGACCAAGUCCUCGAGUGCCUUAAUCUCUCUCGCAGUCUCUUUUCAUCUCACAAUGACGAAGCAGCAAGCUAAUUGGUAUCUUUACGACAACAAUGGAGGAUCUUGUGUUGCAAUUGCAGGUGCCGAUUACUGCGUCAUCACAGCCGGUACUCGGAUGUCGACCGGCUACAAUAUCCUCACUUGUGAUUACUCUAAAAUCUGCAAAUUAGCAGACAAAUGUGUAAUGGCCUCAUCUGGAUUUCAAGCUGAUGUAAGGGCUUUACAGAAGCACUUGGCAGCCCGACACUUGAUCUAUCAACAUCAGCACAACAAGCAGGAAAGGGUGGGGUCUUACCCGAAUGUCAGUGAUGUCGUUCUUGGUGGCGAUGGCACUGGCAGCGACGGCGGUUCGACAUCGUCUUCUAUAAUGCACCGCAUGGCAGCUAAGCGGCGAAGAAGUCAGACUUGUUAA